AUGGCAACUCCGUGGUCCUUGUCACAGGCGAGCAACUGCGCUUUGCAAGCGAAGACGAGCUUCUUGCUGCCCACUCAGUUCCACAGAAGAUUCUUGCUCCACCUUACGCUCGUGGCGCUAGAGGCUACAUGGACUUACGUGCUCAACCCCUUGCUGAUCCUCCUGCUGAAAACCAAGACGCGCGAUCUCGGCAACGACCCCGCGUUUCUGGAUCAAUUCAGCCUGUGCAUGCUUCGGCUCUGGUUCCCGGCACUGAUAUUCCCGUCGUCCAUGGACUUCUACCUCCUCAACCUGAAGGAGACGAUGGCGCCGCAAGUGUUGGACCAGGUCAACAGCAAGUUCAUCAAGAACCAGCGCAGAUUCCAAGGACGGGCACCGUACUUCACAGAGGACUUCCUGUGGGACGUUGAGCCUUUGACGCGGACUGUGAGGGAGUGCAGACUACGCAAGAUGAUCAAGCUCAAGGAUCUCUCUCCUGAGAACCGAUCCAAGUUCCUGGCGUCUAUGGAAAAGGAAUGGACUUCUUGGAUGAAGUUCAAUGCCGUCGAGAUCCUCACGCCCGCUCAGAUCCUUUCACUACCAGGUGAUGUUCGCAUCAUUGGUACACGUUGGGUGCGCACUGACAAGAACCAGAAGCAGCGGCUGUUGGCACUUCACCUCUGUCAGAAGACUGCAAAGUCCAGGGAGCAGGUGACCAAGGAGUACCCCUUUGCGGCGAAGUCUCGUUUGGUCGCGCAGGGUCACCAAGAAGAUGCCUCAGACCUCCGUACGGAUUCACCUACGGCAUCACUCCUGGCCUUCAACCUCGUGAGUGCUGUUGCGGGGAUAAGCCGGCUUCUCAUCCUGCGUCCAGCGGGGCCACCACCUCCUGGACUUGGCCCCAACGACCUUCUCCGAGCCAAAGGUUCCAUUUAUGGGACAAAAGACGCAGGCCGUUCCUGGUGGAAGAAGUUGUACAAGACACUCCGCAAGAACGGGUGGCGCAUGUCCGCCAUCGAGCCUGCGCUCUUCAUCCUUGCUGAUGGGUCCAGCCUGCUUGGAGGUCUCAUCACGCACGUCGACAACCUCUACAGCUGUGGAGAAGGUCAAGCUUACGUCGAAGGCGAGUGGCAGCUUAGACCUUCCGAGGCUGCUCAGGAGAAGAAACUUCUGAUCAGGGCAGGAAGGCAUGCCAGAAAGGCAGCCCGAGCUCGAGCCGAGGACGGGUGUUGA